ACGUCCUCUGAAUCUCUCUCAAGGAGAAACACGCAUAUCGAUGAAAACAAGUAGUGCGCCCUGAAUUCAAGCAGAUAGCUUUCGUGGAAAUGUCUUUGCUGUUUUGAUGGCUGCAUCAGUCGUAGCGAUGUGCGUGCCUGUUGUUACAAUCGACGUAUUCUAACUCAAUCAUCUAUUUUUCUGGAUAUACAGCCACGAUCACAUAAGUAGAAUGAUGAAGAUGUUAGUGAAAUGGUCGAAACCGAGAGACUGUUUGAGAGGACAUGCGUGUACUUGAUGUCUGAAGGGCGAGAAAAAGACUGAGCGCGGGUGGAUACUGUAAUGUUAGCGAUGAUCACGCGACUUCGCCCAGUGUACCGCGCUCGAGAAACUGUGUCAGCUCCGGUGGUGGAUGGGGCAACUCGCCCGUAGGGGAAGAGCAGGUUGUGGGCCGCCACAUCCUGAACCGCCCCUGGCUGUCCCUAGAGUGACGGGAAAAGGAUGCAGGACGCGACGGUAGAUGGAGAAGAGCCCAUUCUGAACGGGGCUGGUAGGGAAGAGCAGUGUCCAGUGAAGCAGUCAUUAGCUGCCUCUUUGUGUCGAGAGUCUCACUGGAAGUGUCUUCUCCUCACUCUCCUCAUGUUCGGCUGUUUCGGUACAUUGGUCUGGUGCAAGCUGUGCAAGGUUCCAGUGCUACCUCCAACAGAGCCAGAAGCCGCAGUUGUUGAACCUGGAGACCCCUCUACAACUGCAGCCAGCGCCAGUAUCUACGUCACAGAUGAACUGGACUUCACCAGUCCCUGUUCCAAUGGGUACAUUUAUAUUCCUCUUGCUUUCCUGGCAAUGUUAUAUGUGGUCUAUCUGGUGGAAUGUUGGCACUGUUACUCCAAGACAGCCUUGCUGGCUCAAGCAGAUGUUGCAGAAGUGUAUGAGCGUGUGCAGAGGCUGCAGCAGGCUACGCCCUGCAUCUGGUGGAAGGCCAUCAGCUACCACUACGUGCGACGGACCAGACAGGUGACACGCUACCGCAAUGGGGAUGCUUACACCACUACACAAGUAUAUCAUGAACGUGUAAACACGCAUGCGGCAAGCUCAGAGUAUGACUAUGCACGGUAUGGCGUUAAAGAUGUUUCUAAGGAACUAAGGGGCUUGAUGGAUCCCCCAGGUGUACGGCUGCGCUUUACCAAAUGUUUUAGUUUUGCUAGUGCUCGGGCAGAGGCUGCCUACCUCACCCAACGUGCACGAUUUUUUGGAGAAAACGAAGGACUGGAUGAUUACAUGGAAGCGCGGGAGGGUAUGCACUUGAAGAAUGUGGACUUCCGUGAGCACAUUCUAGCCUUUCCUGACCCAGCCAGGCAGCCCUGGUAUGCUAGGCGUAAAGUUUUCUGGCUGGCUUCUGUUCUGCUCCUGUCUUGGCCACUUCGGGUUGUUGCAGAGUAUCGCACUGCGUAUGUGCACUACCAUGUAGAGAAGCUUUUUGGUGACUCUGAUGAUAGUAGAGGUGACAUUACUGUGGACAGUGCGGGCAACGAAAAUGGACAUGUACCUAGAAAUGGAGGUGGAGGUAUUGGGUCAAGCUAUCGUGCCAUUUCACGUGUCAAUACGGUGGACAUGACAGAGCUGGAGUGGCACAUUCGCUGCAACCAGCAGAUGGUGCCCAGCUACUCUGAGGCCCUGUUGAUGGAUCCUGGUUCAUGUGCCAACCAGGGCACCAACACUCCUCCGGCAGGACAAGGGACUAACUCCUCAAUGACUGGCCCCACAUUUCCAGUGGCCUUUGCUUCAGCUUACUUGCUUCAGAGCUGCCCUCGCUGCCGGCGUACCACAAGCAGUGCUUCCCUUCCUUCAAGACUGAGAGGCACAACAGCAUCUGUGCUGAAUGGAACACUAGCUGGGAUGAGGGCAAGCGGGUCGGGAGCAGGCCAUGGGAGGCUGGUUCUGAGCAGGAGUGGCUUCUCAUUGGGGCGACUUCAGGCUCCUCGACCAUCCUCCCUCUUCCACUCCCGGAGUGUAGGUGGAGGACUAGCAACAAGAGGAGAAGAGGGAAGUGGCGGAGGCUUUUUAGGUUUGGGUCCUAGACAGGAUGAAGAAAGCAGAAGAGUCCUAGAAGGAGAGGGAGAGGAAGAUGAGGAGGUUGGACAAAGAGAGGAAGAAGGUGAGAGGGAAGGGGAUGAAAGUGAGCAACAGGAGGAGGUUGAAGAUGAGGAAGCGAGGGAAGGAGACAGACCUCCUACAUAUCAGGAUGCAUUCUUCUUCCCCGUGUUGAUAGUGCAUGGAGAAGAGAGUUGCCAUUCUGGUGGGGACAAUUCCUGAAGCACAAAGGAAUGUUGGAAGAAAAAGGCCAAAAAAUUAAGGUUUGCUCUAAGACAGAUCUAAGAGAUUAAUCUAAGUGUUUAAGACUGGUGAAUGGUCUGAAAUGUCAGAUAAAAGGAUGUCAGUGAUUUCUUAUAAACAGAGCGAUGUAAAAAUAAGCUUGAAAGUAAAAUCUAUGCAAUGAAGAAAUAGCAAGAGUGUGUUUUGGGGACAAGCAUAACAAAUGAGGCAAAAACCUCCCAUAUAUUGCACCUCUUCUGAUCUCAUCUGACCUCUCUGCUGAUCUAUAAAAAAGUCUUCCAAAUAUGACUCAACAAAACAGUUACAAAAAAUAUGAUCACUGGGGAAUGUUGUUACCUGUUAACAGUAUGGCUGUAUAGUGCUGCUCAAUAAAAUCUUUUUUUUUCUAACAUAGUAAACGGGAAGAGCCUCGUAGAGGAUUUUCCCCACAGAUAUUUAUUCAACUGAUUGUUGUCCCUGGCCACAUCUGCCAUUCCAAUCAAAAUGGAUCUUAGAUAAAACUAAUGGAUGUCAUUAAUAUUGCAGCCAGUUCAAUUGUGUAAAGCUCUUUUCAAUUUUAGCAAGUAAGAGACAUUUCUUAUGUUCUCAAGUCUAAGUCUCAUCCUUUCUCAUAAAAUGAGUAAAAGUAUGUGAAGAUAUUACUCUUGCUUUUAUGAAGUGCGACUUUGUGUUGGUACUUAGUGUAUUGUUUACUGUUUAACAGUUGUUUAUUUGUACAGCAUAUCACCAAUUUUGCCUCAUGAUGUGACUCCCAAGAACACCUCGCAGACAUAAAUAAUGGUCCAGCAUGUUGCCCUCCAUCGUAGCCUCUGUGCUCAUCUUUGGCUCAAGUGUCACGUGUAUAAAUAGGCCAUUCACUGAUGAGAUUGCUUAGGGUGCCAAGAUACACCCAUCUCCUGGUAACUGUGCAUAUGUAUGGACUCUUGUGAGACACAUUUUAGGAGCGAGUUCAUUGCAGAAUACACAUGCAAAUGUUUGUGAUGAUCAGAAAAUGUAUACAGCGCAAAUCUUACUAGUUGUGGUGACCUUCAACCUGCAUUCACGAUUACACAGGUCAAGUGAUAGGCUAACAUAGUCCUAACAUAAGCAUGUAGUCAUGAUCUCUCAUUUAUCCUUAAGCAGGGCAAAUAAAUGUUACAACUGUACUGCAGAUUAUUCAAAAACACCUUUAAGAUUAAGAAAUUGUUCUUCAUGGACAGUGUUAAAAUGUACUCUCACAAUGUGAAUGUCGAUCUACAGUGAUGUGCUGUCUAUGUAAAUCACAAGGAGAAUGUAAAUAUGUCAUCAGUAUUUUACUGCGCAGUGUUUCAUUAGUUUACCACUUGGUAAUACCCAGAUGUGUUAAAUCUGGAGUCCCAUUACUAAAAUUAAAAAUACUAUUUCUAGAACUUAAAAUUGACUUGAAUUUUUAUUUAUUUAACGGUAGCACUAUAAUUAGAAGCAAUAAUUUCCUUAUUGUUACAAAUGCCACAAUAUUUGCCACAAAUUAUGGACAAUGCCAUUAUGGUGUUUGUGGGAUACAGUUUUUUUUAUUUUGUUCAGCUAGAUGAACAGGGACUUUAUAUUUGUCCUUUAAAUUAGAAGGUUAUUAUAAAGUAAAAAAGAUUGAAAGAACAAAAAUAUAGCAAAUGUUGUGAUGACUCAAGCCUGGAUUACAUAAAAAAAAGCUAUUUGUAUGUGUGUUGGAGUAGAAGGAUGAAAUGAUUGUCAC